GAGGACGAAGUCACGCUAAAGACUGCGGAGUGCCCGGGCUCCUCGCGGCGUUUGCCUCGCCUCACCUUGCCCUGAGUUGCAGGCUCACCUCGCCGUGCCUCUCUCUCCGAGUUCCUCCUUCCACCGCCGUACCUGCCGAGAGUCCGUGUCUGUCGGAUAGUUUGUCUGCACUGGUAGGAGGAUAGGACAGAAUCGAAGUGGUGGAAGACCGCGCGCGGCCUACGCAGCAGCAGUUUCAUACCGAGUUCGAGGUUUUAUUAGUUCUUCGGCUCUCGGCGAGGAAACGUGAGGAGAGGUUUUCGUUCGGCUGAGGAUUGCGGAUGACGUUGGACUGUGAUAACGGAGUGCGAUCGUCGAAGUGUUACAAUCAGUGACCGGAAUUGAGGAAAAUAUUCUGUUUUUUUUUUUUGUUUUUAUGUCGAUUCUUUGACUCCGAAUCGAAGUGCCCACCUCAUUGGACAAACGGGACUGUUUUUCGAAAAAAAAGAAAAACAGAUACGGAGUAACCGCAUACGAUUUUUUCAUUUCUCAAGAGUGUUGCGAGUGCAGGUGAUGGGAUUCGUACCGAUGGUUUUUUAAUAAUUGAUGCUCUGACAGUGGUCGUUGUUUUUUUAAUUUUUUUUUUUUUUCAAAUUUUUUAUUCGAAUCUGUACCGCACGUUAACUACGUGUUUACAAGGAUGACGUGUCGCCUUACGUACCGUGACCGAUGGGAUUAAAAGCCGGAGGUGUCGUUAUCAGAGGGAAAAUCGAGGGAUCAAUUCGGUCGGACAUUGGGUCGACCGCGUUGAGCAUAUUUUUGAGUAAUUGAGUUUUUUAAAAAUGUUGUUUCUGGUGAGCGUUAAAAAUAUUGGUGACAAAUUUCCACCGCCUGUGACAGUUUCGACGAUUAAUUGUGAUUAGACUGGAGCUACGAUUCGAGUACACAGUGACAUUUUUAUUCGAGUGUCAGCCGGAGUUAUUGGAAUACUGAGAUCAAGGUUGUCGCGCAGAAGUUGGUGCAGGGGGUGAUCGUAUAAAGGAGAGUUGAGAGGUGAACCGAUAUCGGGUUAGUAUAAGCGAUAGCGGAGUCGUUGAAAAGUGGUGGAGGCUGUUUAAAUUGGCUAAGUAAUCUUGUUAUGAACGGGAAUCGAGAGGCAGGAAGAUGCCCGAGGUCCAACGUUCGGACUCUCUGAGAUCCCAGAUCGAAGCCGCGGAGGGUGAUCGAGGCUCGGCUCCCGCUCAACCGAAUUCUCUGCCUCCCGUCUUACCUACGACCUCCGCUCCCGCCGGAAAACCUGCCGAGCGCAGCGUCUCCUUCAAUAGAGACGUCCACGUCAAAAGGAUAGGACGCGAAACUCCCCGAGUAACAUCGGCUCUCGCGGGCGACGGAGAGGGUCGUCUGAUCGCAACCCCGGUGCGGAAGGAACGCAUCGCCAGCAGGAGUAAGGAGGACUUGGCCCAGGAAGCGGCCUUGAUUCUUCAGCAAGUUGGUAAUCUCAGGUGCGUCGCACGCGACAACAAGGUAGCUUCUCUUCCCGGGAAGUUCAGCACGCUACCGGCGAGGAGGAAUAAAAAGCGACCGGAAAUCCCGUUGGACGUUAGACGGAGGAGCGAGGAAAUCGGCGUUACGACCGACGAUCUGGUCGAAAUCCCAAAAGCUAAGAAAAAGGCUUUGGAAAGAAGCGCCAGCGAUGCCAGUGCUAAGAAAGUGAAAAAUCCGUUAGCGAAAUUAUUUUCGCCGAAAUUGGAGAGAAAAGGUAAACCGGUAACGAGGAGCGCCAGCGACGCCGGAAGCUCGACGAGCAAUCGGACGCAACGGAAACGUAGCGGUAGCGAAAGCGAGGAGGGAUCUCACCUGAGCGCGAUCAGAGCCAAGAAACAAUUGUCACCGAUAAUCGAAGCGUCGCCGCAGGUCGACGCCGCGCAACCUUUCAACUUCAGCAAAACUUCCGAGGCGAAGAAGUCGAAGAAGGAAACCGCAGCUGAAGGUAACAAGAGCAAGAAGGACAAGGAGAAGGAAAAGGGAAAAGAAAAGGCGAACGGAGUACCGGAGAUAAUUGUAACGAGGCCUCCGAGGUCGACGAAAAAAGGAGAAAACGGCGGCAAGCCGAAAACUCCGACGAAAGAGAUCGAGAGUGCCGUAGCGGAAGAGGGCGAGGAAGCAAAACGACACGUCGACGAAACGGAUUCCACGAUGCUGCACAGCAGUCGUUACGAGCAACAGCUCGGCGAGGAGUCGACGAUCCAUAAGAUGAUCCACAGAUUAUCUAACGACAGAUCGCCUCCGCCGCAGUUGACGAGGACCAUGGUAUCGCCGAGUCCCGGCUUCGGACACAACAACAACCGACCGUUCUCCUACACCCGUCCGAACGAGUCGAGUCCGACGCCACCUCUGCAGAACGGUGUGAUUUACGCCCAGGUACAGAUGGACAAGAAGAAGGCGCAGCGUAGCCACUCGGACAGCGACGAAGGCCUCGGCCUCGAACGAAAGGACUCGUCGAGGGAGAACAGCCCGGCUGAGAAGGAUUACCGGAGGGCCGACUACGCCUACAACAACGAUCUCCGUCGCAACAACGAGAUCAACAGUUUCAAGUCGCGUUACGACGAGGACAAGAGAAACGCGACCACGCACUUCGGGGAAUUCGCCGCCAACGGUCGGGAGUACGGAUCGAGGACCAGCGAAACGAAGCGGACGCACGAGUUCAACGAGAUCGAUCGCAAUCCGUUCGGUAAGCCCGAGAAAUACACGUCGACGAUAUUCGUGGACACUUCCGAUCGCGGAAGGGCCGACGGUAUGGACUCCCGUCGCAAAGAUAACGGAGAGUUCCACGUCAGGCCUUCGCUCGACAGAGGGAUCUCGAACAAGACCAGCGAGCUAAGCGCCAGACGCGACCUCCUCGAGUCCAGAAUAAAGUCCAGAUUGUUGGCCGACGAGAUGUUCGCCGCAAAAAGUAACGGCGGCGUACCGAAAAAGAUGGAACACGAAAUCGUUGACAAACCGAUCGUACCGUCACCGGUGAUACCGAAUCGCGUCGCCUCACCGAAAAGAUACGUCGACACUUACAUCACGGAGACGAGGACGAACAGCAACGGUGAGAAGUACAUAUUCGAGAAGGAACUUCAUCAGGAUAACGGAAAGGUGUACGGCUACGAGAAAAAGAUCACAAACAAAAUACCCGGGGAAUUGUACGUCGAGCAGAAACCGAGGGACGGUUACACGGUGGAAACAAGGACGGACAAGUACGGCGACAAGUACAUCGUAGAGACCAGAACCCACGAGAGUUACGCCGAGGAUUUCAAGCCCUUCCUCAGCGACAGGAGUAAAACGAGUCCGGAAGAGAGGUUCCAGGCCGCGAGGAACCUCGGAAGUCCCUACAAACCGCCGAGCUACAUCGGCGACGACGGGGUGGGCCGCAGGCCCGAUUUCAAAGAAAAUCUGUCGCCGAUACUGACACCGAAGAAAUUCAGCGAUCGCAAGUUCUCCAAGAGCGAAGAUUUCCUGGACCGUGGCCCGGGUCCGAUACGCGAGACCUACGCCUCCAAAACGCCCAAGAAGAACUUCGAGUCCGUGCGCGGCAUCAGCAAGUCCACUCAGCGCCUCGACCAGGUCGGGGAGAACGCCAGGGUGCGAGCUCUUCGUAGCGAGUACACGACGAGGUCCCACGAGAACCUGAGCACCGCCGACUACGUGAACGCGAGGGAUCUUCGAGGCCCUGUUUUCGACAGCCCGACCCUGGGCGGCAGGAAGAUCUCCUCGCCGCCCGUUAAUCGAUCGGUGGUGGACCACCUCCGCGACCGACCUAACGACGACUACGACACGGACAUCUCCCAGCUGACCAACAGUCAGCUAGGUAGCAAGUACUACAAGGAGACGAGGACCACCCAACGAUACACCGGGCAACACCCUCACCAGGACGAGUACGACAGCUCGCCGCCCCGGGUACGCAACGAUCGCGGUUACAACUCGAGUCGCUACGACUCCGACACCACCGCCCGCGACUCGAUUCGCCGGGAAACGAGAUACACGCACCACGAGGAGUCCACCCGUACGCUGCGCAAGGAGAGAAAGACGGACGACGAGGCUAAGAAGCCGGUGCGCCGGUCACGCAAUCAUCUCGAUUACUUCGACGAUUCGGAUCAUGCGAGGAACAGUAUUCGCCGCGGUUUCAAAGUCGGCAAGGAUAGGCAGGGCGGUUCGGGCCUCGAGACCUUCGACGAGAGUCCGCCGGCGAGCCCGAGGAAUUUCCACGAGGUCAAGUCGCGUCACACGCGACACCACGAGGUCAGAGGUCACUCCGAACGGAGGCACAGAGAGAGCCGCCUCAGUGACCCGGAUCGUAAGGAUCGGCUGGCCGACUCCGGCAUCGAGAACGACUAUCGCAGGGACUCGCAGGAGGCGGAUCGCCGCGAACCCCUCGAGUUCGAGGACGAGGCCUUCGUCACCAUGCGUUUCAUCAAAUACGAACGGAGGGACACCGACAGGAACACGGACCUUACGCCGAGCGAGAAACGGAGGUACGACAAGUACGUGAACGGAGCCACCAAGUCGAUCGUCUCGAAGCCGCCCUCGGGUCUCGGCGACAGCAAAAAGUACGAGAAAAAAGUGGCCAAGAAGAGCGGCAAGAGCGGUACCAUGAGCAAGGUGAAACAACUGUUCAGCAAGAAGGAGAAAAAGGCGAAGGAAGAGUCCCAGAAGACGUCCAAGAAAAACAAUCGGACUUCCAACAGCGGGGCGUUGACGGACGACGAGGUUACCAUGAGAUAUCGCGAGUACCGCGGCGAUCAACUCAGAAGUGCGAAGAGCGCUCGAGACCUGGACAGCGACAUGAAUCAGGAGGACUACAGCAGACGUAGACGGCUGUCAACUCCUAGCGGAAGUCCGAGUCCCCCGCGACCAGCGAGGCUCUCCCAGUCCACCGGAACACUCACCAGAGAAGAAGAGCCCUUCCGCGAAACGAAAAAUACCUUGACGAGAGAAAAUCAGCCGAGGGAAGCCGAGAGCAAGGGAUGGUUCAAGUCCCUCUCGAGGAAAACCAAAUCGAACAUAAAAGUAGACAAGAAGCCGAGAAUACCUGAAAGCGAAAUUCUAACGACCGGGACCGAAGAUGAAGGAGCGUCUUCAGCGCCGGAGCGGGUCUCCGUCCAGAAGAAUCUCCGGUUCUUCGGAGACACGGACCAAGAGUCAGUUUCGUCGAAUCGAGAGCGCAGAAAUAAACGAGCGGACGACCAUGCCAACAACUUGAGACGGGAUGAGACCAACUCGAGAAGCCAUUCCAGCUCGGGGCUAACGGUACCUCCGAGGAAGCCCCCCCGGCUGGCCGAGAGCGCACUCUCCUCCGGGGAGAGCACGACCGGGGACAGUAGUCAGCAGAGUCAAAAUUCACAGCGAUCUCAACGGUCCGUCGUUUAUCUUCACGCCGCAACAGUUGGAGAAAUACCCGGACCAAAUGAGAGACGCCGAGCGGCAAGCCGCGAAGAACUAAACCGACCAUUGCAACCGCAGACCAGAACUGUUUCCAGAAGCGUUAGCGUUCUAGCACCGUGGAAACCGAGACAUUAUCGCGAACCCUUCGAGAUCAAUUAUGAACAACAGCAACAAAAACCCGUCGCUACUAUGCGCCGAAGACAUCGGAGCCGAGAAACGCUAAGUCGUCGUGGGAAAGAUGCCCGCCGUAGCCGGGACAAUCUUUCCAAGACAGGUACGAUCAGUCGCAGCACAUUGAAGCCGAAGGACAAGCAAAAGGUGGACAGAACCGUCUCUACGGAGUCCCUGGCCAACAAAUCGAGGAGCGGUAGUUCAAGACCUGAUUUAAAUCGGUCAACUUCCGUUCCACGCGAUCCGAAUAAGAGCGCAGGAUGGUUCAAGCUCAAGACCAAAAAAUCUAGGGCCUAAUAAAGUCACCGACGACCAAUGCUAGUCUUGUCUUUCGUAAUUAAUGCGUAAUUUUAAGCGGUUAAUAAUUACGUCGCAACUAUCCUUCGCAAGAUAUUAUACAUAUUAUAUGUAAAUCAACGAAAAUAAAUGUAUGACCGUCGAUUUCUCGCUGAUUUGAAAGCGAGAGGUAAAAAUGAUUGGGAUAAACAGUCAACCGUUAUAACGAGAACAGACGCUAUGGUAGCUCUCAAAGUAGCGACUUGAUUACCUUAAUUACGAAAUAGUCUAAAAUGAUCGUUAUUCGCUAUACUGCUAUAUACUGUUAAUAAAAUUGAAAAUUUAUCGAACGGCUUUUUCUUCCGAAGAAACCCUCGUGGAGUACAGUAUACACACGCACGUGCAAAGAUAAAGAACAAAAUAGAAGAAGCAAUGCAUUUUCAGCAAGACGCAUCAGAUUUCGAAGUAAUAAAAAAGCCGUAUAAUUACGAAUCAACGGAAUCAGUAAAUCAAAAUUGAGACUUGAGCCGACAAAACUUUUUCAACAUUUCUAUUUUCGUUAAAUGUUGAGCAGCGUCGAUUUGUAAUAAUAUUGAAUUACUAUCAACGUACGUACUAACGAUAUAAUCGUGCACUUUUUAUCGUAUCACUUGCUACCUCACUCUCUGCUAAAUUUACGGAGGUAAAUUUUAGCAGAUGAGUGAUUUAUAUCACGAAAUUGUUUGUCGCUAACACGAGUCACUAAAAUAUUUCAUCGCUCGCAUGAAAUGCUGUUCCAGAUAUUAGACAUUGAAAAAUAUUGACAGAGGUCGUUCGUCUCAUUUAUUUACGUUGAAUGCAAUUGUUGAAUUUCAUGUUUCCAAGUAUAAUUUUCUCACUUACCGUGAAUUAGAGUGCCAUUCUUGUAAGCAUGUAAAUGUACUCUACCUUAACAGAUUAAUAAAUCAAAAUUACUGAACAAUCAUCUACGUAGAAUGUAAGCGUGCCUUUGUCACUAAUCUACAAUACCAUGUUGUGUAGUCAUCGUUCACCAGUUGUGCUGAAUACACUCCGUGAGAGUGGCUAUGUUGCCAUCUUAUUUGAAUUAUAUGUAACGCUUGUCAAAGGAUACAAUUAAAGACAGCAGAGAGGUAACGUAAUUACGUUAAAUAUUAGCGAUUAUACACCCGUUGUUUAUAGUUUUUUUCUACAGCUUUCUUUAGUAAGCAUUUGUAAAUACCUGUACUAAUAUAAUGUAAGUUCUAACGUUUCUUUGAGUCUACUACUUAGUUUCAUACACGUAAUUUAUCAUCACUGGGAUAAUCGUAACUGAUUAAAUGCAACAAUAGUACCAAAAUUAAUACCAUGAAAUGGUGACGAAAUUUUGUCAUAAUUUUAUUUUUACCGGUGAAUUGAAUACCAAUAUCCGCAAGAUUGAUUCGUUUUGUACCGGAUCGGUGCUAGAUGCGUGUGUAUAUACCGAAAAACUAAAUUUGUAUGUAAAUACCAUAACGAUAUAAUAUAAUGAUCAACUGUUAAAUUUACAUUGAAUAUUAAAAUAAUCUAGCUGUUAGUGCUGCUAAUCGUAAGAAGAGAAUGUUAAAUAAGUUGAAUAGAAGUGUGCUCCAAAACACGUUAUCUUUUGUAACACUUUGACAUGAUUAAACAAUAAACGUAAUUCCAGUUCA